GGCCUGUCCCAGUGGGCUAGUCAACUAGGAAUCUUCAACAAUGUGUUUCAGCUUCCAGGUCAAUCUUUGUAACUCGUUAUAAAAUUCCCCUAAAGCUCCUGCCGGGGAGGCCUGCACAAAAACCGCUUUCUUGAUUCUACUGGCACGUAUACAAUAUCUGAUUCUUUAAACUGGUUUGAUUUCUUUAUACAUGUAUGUCAGUAACAAUCCAGGCUCCGAAAUGGGACAGGAUUUCAGGAGGUUCAGACAUGUCUACUUCUGGUGUUACUUGUGCAUGAUUUAUUGCUUCUGUUUUCUUGGCUUUUCUACUGACAGGAUUUCAUCAGGGCAUCCAGUCAAAGAUGGAGAUGUGAUUGUUUCUGCUGGCAAGAAGUUUGCCUUGGGGUUCUUCCGCUCCGGAAAUCCAGAUUUAAGGUAUGUUGGCAUAUGGUUUUACGGAAUUCCAGAACAGACAAUUGUAUGGGUUGCAAAUAGAGACAAGCCUAUUCAUGGUCUUGGAGGAACUUUGACCGUGGGAAAUCAUGGUAAUUUAGCCAUUUUGGAUGCUAAUGGUGAUUCGAUCUGGUCGACAAAUGUUCCAGCUGCAUCAAGAAAUUCUACUGCAAUUCUUGAAGAUUCUGGUAAUCUAAUUCUGUGGACUAAUCACAGGAAGCUUUCGUGGCAGAGUUUUGAUAAUCCAACAGACACUUUUUUGCCUGAUAUGCAAUUCUACUUUAAUGUCUCAGCUGGGGAGAACCGUUUUUUCACUUCUUGGAGAAGUGCGAAUGAUCCUUCGCUCGGCAAUUACUCAAUGGGCAUUGAUCCUCGUGGAUCGCCACAAAUACUAAUAUGGGAAGGAAGGAACCGGCAUUGGAGAAGUGGGUACUGGAAUGGACUGAUAUUCACCGGUAUUCCGAGUAUGACGGCUAUCUACUUGUAUGGCUUUAAGCUUAUCAACGAGGGGAAUGGGAGGUUGCAUCUCACUUAUACCCCGUCUAAUAGUUCAGACUUGAUAAAAUUCCAGCUACUCUGGAAUGGCACUGAGGAGCAAAGAACUUGGGAUACUGGUUUGAAGGAGUGGAGUUUAAUACAAUUACAGCCAGUAAAUCAGUGCGAGCUGUACAACAGGUGUGGACCAUUCGGGGUUUGUGAUGUUAUGAAUUCACCGAUAUGCACUUGUUUGAAAGGGUACGUGCCUAAGGACAAUGAUCAGUGGAACAUUGGGAAUUGGUCAGGUGGAUGCAUUAGGAGGACACAGCUACAAUGUGAGACAAAGGGGGGGCGAGGAGUGGGGGAAAGUGGGGAAAAAGAUGGAUUUCUAGAAGUUGAGGAUUUAAAAUUGCCAGACUUCGUAGAUUAUGUGGGUUCAGAAAAUGUUCAAGAAUGUCGAAAUAAGUGUUUGCAUAAUUGUUCAUGCAUUGCCUUCUCCUUUGCAAGCGGUAUCAGCUGCAUGAUUUGGAGCAAAGACUUGGUUGACAUUCAGCAGUUUCAGUAUGGAGCGAACACUGUGUUUCUCCGUCUUGCUCAUUCUGAGCUAGGUGGCACGAGAAAGGUAACAAAAUUACUUAUAGUAGCAACUGUUAUGGUGGGAGUGCUCUUUCUGGGUCUGUCAAUCUGGCUGCUUUGGAGGCGCAAAGACAAACUGCAAGAAGUUUUCAAAUCAUCGAAGCAGAGGGAGAGAUUUCCAGAAACUCAUCCAAUCCAGAGUGGAGAACUUUCAAGGGAUUUUUCAGGACCGGAUGAUCUUAGCGUCGAAGGGCAGGAAUGUUCUGGGAAAGAAUUAACGUAUUUCACUUUCAGUAGUGUGUCAGCAGCUACAAACAAUUUUUCAGACAUAAACAAGCUAGGACAAGGAGGAUUUGGCCAUGUCUAUAAAGGCAAGCUACCAGGGGGCCAAGAUAUUGCUGUCAAGAGGCUUUCAAGAAAAUCUGGACAAGGGUUGGAGGAAUUCAAGAAUGAGGUCAUGCUAAUUGCCAGGUUACAGCACAGAAAUCUUGUUAGACUUUUGGGCUGCUGCAUUGAAGGAGAGGAGAAAAUUCUACUUUACGAGUACAUGCCCAACAAAAGCCUAGACUCGUUUCUUUUUGACCCUGUAAAACAAAAUCAACUAGACUGGAGAACUCGUUUCCUCAUAAUUGAAGGCAUUGCAAGAGGUCUCCUGUAUCUUCAUCGAGAUUCAAGACUCAGAAUAAUUCACAGGGACUUAAAGGCCAGCAAUAUUUUGUUGGAUGGAGAAAUGAAUCCAAAGAUUUCAGAUUUUGGCAUGGCCAGAAUAUUUGGAGGGAACCAAAAUGAAGCAAACACAAACAGGGUUGUGGGAACAUAUGGCUACAUGGCUCCUGAAUAUGCGAUGGAAGGUCUUUUUUCAGUGAAGUCUGAUGUCUACAGCUUUGGCAUAUUGCUUUUAGAGAUUGUAAGUGGCCGGAGAAACACCAGCUUCCGUUCAGCUGAGCACUCAAAUAUCAUCGGAUAUGCAUGGGAUCUUUGGGACAGGGGCAGGGCAAUAGACCUGCUGGAUCCUUCAAUCGCAGAUACAUGUUCCCCUAAUGAAGUGUUCAGAUGCAUCCAUAUAGGCAUGCUCUGUGUCCAAGAUUCAGCAUCUCAUAGACCAACUAUGUCAGCUGUGGUAUUGAUGUUGGAGAGCGAAAAUGCAAAUUUGCCCAUGCCAAAACAGCCUACGUUUACUUCAUUGAGAAGAUCUCUAGACGUGGAUGAUAUGUGGAAUGAAAUUCAUGAUGUUGUAACCUCAAACAAUGUAACCCUUAGUGCAAUCCUUGGCAGAUAAUUUUCAUCUCAGUGCUGCUUCAGUUUUACAUUUGCAGCAGCCAGCAGCAUCUUUACACCGUUAACAGACAUAUUUUGAGAACAUUUUGCCAUGUGUUGUUUGGUAAUUAUCAGUGCCAAAGGUCAGGACACGCCAUACUCUCUCUGCAGUCUGUCAUGGU